CUGACUGCAGUGAUGUGCGUUUGUCCGGCCUGUUUUGUGUUGACGGAAACCUUUUGGGAAAAGCAGAUAUAAUCACCCAGAAAGGGCAGCUGUGUUGAAGCACUGUUUCUCACUCGUCGCGAUGCUAGCCACCUUCCUUCUCGUCACAGCUGUGCUCUGGUUGUUUCCGUACUUGGGGCCUCUUCUCCAGAAUGUUCCCUUUCACUACCUUCCCCAGGCGUCUUUUCCUCUCUCGCUUCCCUUUCCCAUCCCGGUAGCAACCAACAACAACCCACGCCAUUAUCUGAGCUAUGUUGACUGGCUUGCCAGGAGCAGGCUCCUUAAUGCUUCUUCGCAGGACCAAUUCCUCGAUCCAAAUGGCGAUUUGUCUCAGUCCUUGGACUUGAUGGAGAGAAAUAUCAUUGUAUUCAACAAGUUCUACAAAGAAAAUUACGUGCUUGCUCAAAACUACUCCAAUUUUUUUAAUCGCUUGAAUUCUCUUCUUGUUGAUAACUUGAAGUGUUUAGACAACUACUUGGACAGCUUUGGGAACUACUAUGACACCAUAAUACUCAGUUUUCUUUACAAAAAACUAGGUCGUUUUUUUAGCGACAGUUUACUGAAUAACCAAAUGUUCAUUAACAAAUUAAUUAAAAAUGAUUUGUUUACCUUGAAUAACUUACUAGUAUUGCUAUCAAUAGUAUUUAUUUUAUACUAUAAAACCUAUAUCUUAUCAAAACUAAAUAAUACACUAAAAUACCUACUAAAUGAUUUAAAUGAGUUUAUUACUUCCUACCAAAAUAUCUAUAAAUCUACUUCUGUUACUAAUAUUAAAAGUAAUAUUAAAAACAGUAUCAUUGAAAGAGAAUUUUUAAACAAAGAAAUCAUCAAUAAAAUUACUCUUAUUGAAUCAACUGAUGAUAUAGAUACCAAUACAAAUCAAGGACUGGAUGAAAGUACCAAUCAAACUAUCGCACAAAACACUCAAAACAUUCAAAACACUCAAACUCAAAUAAACACUCCAAAAAGACAAAACACAAAUUUUAUUAAAAAUAACAUUAAAAACGUCAGCACAAAGAAAUCAAAUUUUAACAAAAUCUCCACCACUAAUGUAUCAAAUAGUAACAAUAAUAAAAAAAUCAAGAAAAUUAAAAAAAUUAAUCUGAACAUUGACUUAAUAAAUGACCAACCUAGCGUUAGCCAAACUAAUUCAAAUCCUUCAGUCAAAUCACUCAACUCAACCACUUCAAUAAGCUCUACAAAUUCAUUCAGAUCAACCACUUCUACUUAUCCCACUACCUCUGUGAGCUCUGCCAGCUCCAGUCCUAUCACCAAGAAUAGGAAUAACAAAGUAUUCGCCAACUCUCGAUCCAAUUCUCGAUCCAACUCUCGUUCUAAUACUCGUCCCAACACUCCAGUUAAUAAAACCAAAAACAUAGGUAAUCUUAAUAACAAUAUUGGCAUCAAAAACCUGACUUCAACACUGCCCUCGAAACUGAUCUUUUCAAACAAUGGCAACGGAAUUCUGGCCAGUCUGUCCUUGCUUUCGACCAUAAACCAAGAAGCAGUUCCUCCAAACAGAAUAUCCUCAAUCAAAAGAUUCAACACUCUCCCCAUAAAACUAGCCAGCAGUGGCACUGGGAGCGACGAUGGCCACCAACAAAACAGAAACAGGAACCAAAGUCGAAACACAACUCGUCCCAAUAGCGCCAGUCAAAAGAAACACAGCAGCAGCAGCAGUAGCAGCAGCAGUAGCAGUACCAACCUCGACGACGAGUAUGAUGAGCAUUACUCUACCAUUAGCAGUGGUCUCUCAGAGACUCUCAAAGACAUUUUGGAUCAAAAUAGCAACGACCUGGUGUCUGGCAGUGUGUAGCAUAUGUAUUAGUAUUUAGAUUCUUUUUGUUUUCUCUGACUUUGGUAUCUCUGUUCAAUUAACGAUGUUAUGUGCUUUUUCAGCUUCUGCUUCUUCUCUUUCUUCUGUUCCUUCUGCUUCUUCUCCUUCUUCUCACUGUAAAUCGUAAGUUCCAUUUUAAACACACUGAUUGGCCGCCUUAGAAAAAAUAUUCGAUAACAAAAUUAAAAUUCAACAUUAAUAAAUUCCAGUCUCUGUUUACAAACUUCCACAACUGUUCAUCGAUAAAUAUUCCCUUAACUGAAACUGCUGCUUCUUCUGC